UCCCGCCCACUGUGCGGCUGGAUUGAAUGAACCCGCUGCUCGCUCGUCCCGUCCCGUCUCGUCUCGUCCGGCGGAGCGAGCGCCAUGUCGGGCACCCCGCUGUCCCCGACCCGCAUCUCCCGGCUGCAGGAGAAGGAGGACCUGCGGCAGCUCAAUGACCGCCUGGCCGUCUACAUUGACCGCGUGCGCUCGCUGGAGCUGGAGAACGACCGGCUGCUGCUGAAGAUCUCGGAGAAGGAGGAGGUCACCACCCGCGAGGUGAGUGGAAUCAAAACCCUCUAUGAGUCUGAGCUGGCUGAUGCCCGAAGAGUUCUGGAUGAGACAGCCAGAGAAAGGGCUAAACUACAGAUUGAAAUAGGAAAGCUAAGAGCGGAACUUGAUGAGGUCAACAAGAACCACAAAAAGAAAGAAGCAGAAUUGUCCGUUGCCCAAGGUCGUGUUAAGGAUCUUGAAGCUCUGUUUCACAGGACUGAAGCAGAACUCAGUACUGCUCUAAAUGAGAAGCGUAAUCUAGAAGCAGAAAUUGCUGACUUGCGGGCCCAGCUUUCUAAGGCGGAAGAUGGCCAUGCUGUGGCUAAGAAGCAAUUGGAGAAGGAAACACUGAUGCGGGUAGACUUGGAGAACCGUUGCCAGAGUCUACAAGAGGACCUAGAUUUCAGGAAGAAUGUAUUUGAGGAGGAAGUGAGAGAGACAAGAAAACGGCAUGAACACCGUUUGGUUGAGGUAGACACUAGUCGUCAACGAGAGUAUGAAUCCAAAAUGGCUCAAGCCCUGGAGGAUUUGCGCAAUCAACAUGAUGAACAGGUCAAAUUGUACAAAAUGGAGCUGGAGCAAACCUAUCAGGCUAAGCUGGAAAAUGCCAAACUCUCCUCUGAUCAAAAUGACAAAGCUGCCGGUGCUGCCCGAGAGGAGCUUAAGGAAGCUCGCAUGAGGAUAGAGUCUCUCAGCUACCAGCUUUCUGGCCUACAAAAACAGGCUAGUGCUGCAGAGGAUCGUAUUCGGGAAUUGGAGGAAAUGAUGGCUGGUGAGCGGGACAAAUUCAGGAAGAUGCUAGAUGCCAGGGAGAGGGAGAUGACAGAAAUGAGGGACCAGAUGCAGCAACAGCUUGCAGAAUAUCAGGAGCUACUUGAUGUCAAACUAGCACUGGACAUGGAAAUCAGUGCUUACCGAAAACUUCUGGAAGGAGAGGAGAAAAGGUUGAAGCUGUCUCCAAGCCCAUCCUCCCGUAUUACAGUUUCUCGGGCUACUUCCAGCAGCAGCAGUGCUUCAGUUGUUCGGUCUUCUAGAGGCAAGAGAAAACGGAUUGAAGCAGAGGAGCUUUCAGGCAGCGGUACAAGUGGAAUUGGAACUGGGAGUAGUGCUGGUAGCAGCAGCAGUAGCAGCAGUAGUUUCCAAACAUCCCAGCAGGCCUCAUCCACAGGAAGCAUCAGCAUAGAAGAGAUAGACCUGGAGGGGAAAUAUGUUCAACUUAAAAAUAAUUCUGAGAAGGAUCAGUCUCUGGGUAACUGGAGACUGAAAAGGCAAAUAGGAGAAGGAGAAGAAAUUGCCUACAAAUUUACUCCAAAGUAUAUCCUCCGGGCUGGGCAGACAGUUACAAUCUGGGCUGCAGAUGCAGGUGUGGCUCAUAGCCCUCCUUCUGUCCUUGUGUGGAAAAAUCAGAGCAGCUGGGGCACUGGAGGAAACAUCCGUACAUACCUAGUAAACUCUGAUGGAGAGGAGGUUGCGGUAAGAAGCGUCGUAAAAUCAGUAGUGACACGUGUGAAUGAGGAGGAGGAGGAUGAAGCAGAGUUUGGAGAGGAAGAUCUUUUUCACCAACAGGGAGAUCCCAGGACCACGUCAAGAGGAUGUUCAAUGAUGUGAAAAACCAUUAUUAUUUUCUAUUAUUCUUCUUUCUUUCCUUGGUGUUUUUGCUAUUUUCUUUUCCUCCAGAGCCACUGAAAACUAUUUUUAUAUGCAUCAUCUGAUUUAUUUAAAAUUCUACUCCUUGGUACAUUUUAUAGAAAAAUUUUAAUGAAAAACUGCCAGAAUUUUUAAUCAAUUUCUUUUUCCCUCUUUGAAACUGCUAUUGGAAUAUAGUUCUUCCCCUCCCCAUACUACGUCUUUUAAGUCUUAUGUACAGAUCUGCAGCAGAAAGAAUUUUAAAUUAAAAUGGGACAGAAUUCAUUGAGUGCACGGUAAAUAUAUCAUUAUUUAACAGAUGCUUUUUUUGUUUUCCAGUGAAGUUUAGGGAAAUGUGAACAUAUGUCCCAAAGAAUACCCAAAGUGGGUACUUCCUUCAGCACUGUAGUUAUUUAAGAAAUCAUAAGGCCCUUUUAGUAACUAGAAUUUUAUGUAUGUGAGGAAAAUAACACAAAAUGUAUCACAGAUAUUACUUCAGCUGUAGAAGCGACACCAGAGACUGGAUUUGUAGAUGGGGCUUAACUCGGGACCAUGGCAUCUAGCCCCACUGCAAAGAGAACUAGACCAUGUGCUGGUAAAAAACAAUGGAACCAUGUCAACACUGUAGUGGUGGAGACUAAUGAAUUCCAAUUAUUCUAGGGCAGGUACAGUCUUAAUGUAAUGAAGAAGUUAAAGCAAAGAGUUCUAACUUUUUUAAAGGGGAUUUGGACUUUCAGUCACAGUGAGACCCUGAUAAAUAGUGAAUGCAGGUCUGAGCCUGAUGCACAGUAGCUGUGAUGCACAUCAUGAUUUGGAUGUUUCACAUUAAACAGAAUUAUUUUUAGUUGUUUUUGGAUAAUGAUAUUUUUGGCUAUGAUAAAUAUUUGGAUAUUUUUAAGCUAUCAUGUAUAAAUAGUAACCUUUGAAAUAACUGCUACAUGAAGCUUAUUCAUACUUCUGUCGUAGAUAAAGGGACAUUGUCAUAUUUGCUGGGCAUAGUAUUUCGAAAAUGGCAAAUGUUCUAUGAUUUUUUAAAAUUCAUUAAACAAUUUUUGGGUUGCAUAUCAACAUUAUUUUGCAGUAUUUCCAACAGAAAUGUAUCUAGCCUGAGGAAUGUCCUAAAAACCCCCCAACUGGUUGAUGAUAUAAUAAUUGUUUAAAAGAACAAUAUUACUUGUAUUUUAACUUUUUUUUGUAUUUAGCCACAUUCCUCGAAUUUUAGGUUUCUCUCCUGUGUUUUCACCAGAGGUAACUCUUGACCAGCAGAAGCACUGGGUAGUGUACCCUCUACACUAAGAAAUAUACGUGACUUGCUUUAAAGAAUGUACUGACUACAUUAUAAAUGGACAUUUUUUCAAGUUGGUCAUUUGGGUACCAUUUGCUAGAAUAAAACUCUUGUAUUGCCUGCACUCUUGAACUCUGAUCUUGCCAUUCAACUGGUUUACAUUCAAAAUGCAAGUUAGAAUAUUUAGGUUUUUUGGUGGCUUUUGGACAUUAUGUUCUCUGCACAGUACUUAGACUGACAGACAUAACCUAGGAAGUCAGUGUAGAGGUUUUAAAUGAUGACUUUGCUGCAGUGCAAGCAGAGUGGGAGAGAUGGAUUUUUAAAUUUAUAAAUUUCACAUUGUGAUUUUAAAAACAAAGGUGCUGACUUUCUGCUAUUCUCAAAAUGGUCACCUUGAUAAAGUGAUUUAAUUAUCAUGGUUUGAAUACUAAUAAAAGUAUUUGGAUUGCUGUCUUAAAACAGGAUUACUAAUAAUGAAUUUUCAUAAUGUAAGAAAAAAAUUAAUGUUUAGGGUAAUAAUGCCUUUGUCCAUGAAUUUGGUUAUUUUUCUUAAAUAUUCCCACUCUGCUUGAGUAGAUGACUGAAUUCAUAGUAAUCAUGCCUAUCUGUAAAAUUAUAUAUAGUUGUUGAAACUUUCUCAGUUGGUUCUAUACCAUUAUCAAUAAAUUUUUUAAUGUGUUUGUAUACAAAUGAAUGCAAUCAAAAUGAAAGUGUUUUGACAAUGCACCUUCCAGUCACUGGAUUCUCAUUUCCCUUUCUAGCUUACAGUUUCUGUGACUUUUAUGUAAAUGUUACAUUUUUUUGAUUUGUUUAUAUUGGUCAGUUAUCAAGUUGCUUGUUCUGUUUUGUCAGACUAUUCUAAACUCCAUGUAGCUUGGAAUACUAAAAGUAUAUAUGCCGAGUUCGCUGAAAAAAAUGUACUCGCCUCUAUUCCUUGUAAAGGAAUGUAGCUAGAAAAAAGCUUAAAUUGGAAAAGGUCUUGCACAAUCUGGGCCAUGGUUUUCCCAGUAGCUACACUGUAUAGUAAUUGUGUCUUGUUUCUUGUGGUUUGCUUUUGGGCCAAAUGCUUGUAAACCUGGAAUGGUGAGCACUACCCUGUAGUAGGUGUAUGCAGAAUAAGCAUGUCCCAUAUGUUGUACCAUAUGUAUGUUAUCUGGAUACAUGGAUACACGGGUACUACAGUGAUGAGCAUAGUGGAAGAAGCUGAAUCGAAUCAGCUAACCUAAAAAAGUAUCAGCUCAGGUGACCUAAUCACUACAAUGUUUUUGGAAGGCUACUUAAAAUGUAAGUAGUAGUUCUUGAUAGUACCCUGCAAGACACAGUAAAACGACUAUAUUCUAAUUCUUGUUUGCCGUAAUGUAGGUAUCUCUUCAGUACAUACCACCUUUCCCAUUUGUAGAGAAGAGGAAGCCAUGUUAAUCUUGAAUUCAGGCAGAAGGCAGGGCAGAGUUAUAGACUAACUAGCUAGUUUGUAAGGUCACAUCUCUGCCCUGCCUUCUGCCUUUCCCAUUUGUUUGACUUGCUGAGCAUUCAGUCUGAUAUGUUUAUCAGCUUAAAAUAGGCAUUCCAUACUGGGACCGUCUUCCAUUAUACUAAAUCAAGAGCAGCACUGUUUGUGUUUCUUUUCAUGGUUCCUUUUACCAUUCCAAGAUUAAAGUUAUUUUUUUCUUUCUAAAUUUAACAAUCCUGGGGCUUUCUCUCCUGUUAGAUCCUGCAGGUGAGCCAUUCUUGGUAGGUGUGGCAGAUCAUCAGUAUUUCUGCAGCAAUAGCUGAUGUCAAGCAGAAACUGAAGAAGUCAGAACUGGUUUGAGGAAGAUUGAUUUUAGGACUUAUCUGUUCAUUAAGUUUAAUUGGGAUAACUAUAGCAGAAUAAGUAUUUUUAGUAUAACUCCCUAUGUAAACAUUCUGUUUUAGAUUAAAAGUAACUUUUUCCCCAGAAUAAUUACUAUCAGUGACUUUUACUCCUGUGUUAACAUGGAGUUAUACCAACAUAGCUGUAACAGAAUAAUUAUGCCAUUCAGUUUCCCAGAGCAGACUAGCUCUUAUUCACUGAUAGCAAAGGGAAGGGCAACAGAGGAGCAUGAAAAGUCUAAUCAUGGAGUUCAUGUAUGGUGACAUACAAGGAUAAAAUGCAACUAUACAGCUUCUCUGUCCCUCUAUACCUCUCCUUCCCCUGUCCUCUUGCUGUGUGCACUGCUUCGGUCAUAUCAGCUGCAGUAGCCUCUAAAAAUGUCUGUAAUUCCUUCUCAUUCCUGCAUAUUUGUCCAGUUUGACUAUUGGGUUGUCAGGGGACUCUGGAUUUGCUUCUAUAAGCAUAAAAGAGUUUAUAACAAAUUAUAGGUCACCUUGGGUUGCUUAGCCAUCAAAAUGUGCAGUCACUGUAGGAGCCAAAAAAAAAAAAUCUCAGGAAAAAAUGCCUUCUAAGAGCCAGUACUAUAAAUGCCAGGUUAGUUUGUUGUGUAUAGUUAGCACUGAGAUUACAAUGUGAAGUGCACAGUACUGUGAAGGGGAAAUUAAUUCAGUGUAUGAUUCAGAAUCGUAGAAAAUUUAGGGUUGGAAGGGACCUCAGGAGGUCAUCUAGUCCAGCCCCCUGCUCAAAGCAGGACCAGCCCCAACUAGAUCAUCCCAGCCAAAGCUUUGUCUAGGUGGGUCUUGAAAACCUCCAUGGAUGGAGAUUCCACAACCUCUCUGGGUAACCUGUUCCAGUGUCUUACUACCCUCCUAGUGAGAAAAUUAUUCCUAAUAUUUAACCUAAGCUUCCCUUGCUGCAACUUCAGACUGUUGCUCCUUGUUCUGUCAUCUGCCACCACUGAAAACAGUUUAGCUUCAUCCUCUUGAUGGAGUUAUAACAGAAUAAUUAUGCCAUUCAAUUUCCCAGUGCUGAAUAGAGGGGAAUUAUCACUUCCCUUGACCUGCUGUCAAUACUCCUGCUGAUGCAGCCCAGGAUGCCAUUAGGCUUCUUUACAACAAGGGCACACUGUUGGCUCAUAUUCAGCUUAUUGUCCACUGUAACCCUGAGGUCUUUUUCUGCAGAGCUGCUGCCCAGCCAGCCAGCCCCCAGCCUGUACCAGUACAUGGGAUUAUUCUGUCCUAAAUGCAGGACUUUGUACUUGUCCUUGUUGGACCGCAUGAGAUUUCUUUUGGCCCAAUCCUCCAAUUUGUCUAGGUCACUCUGAAUCCUGGCCCUACACUCCAGUGUAUCUGCCACUCCCCUCAGCCUUGUUGUCAUCUACAGACUUGCUGUGGGUGCAGUCUAUGCCAUAUUCCAGGUUGUUGAUGAAGACAUUGAACAAAACUGGCCCCAGGACCAACCCCUGGGGCACUCCACUUGAUUCUGGCUACCAACUAGACAUGGAGCCAUUGAUUACUAGUCUCUGAGCCUGAUGCUCCAGUUUUUUUAUCCACCUUACAGUCCAUUCAUCCAGCCCAUACUUCCUUAGCUUGCCUGGAAGAAUGCUGUGGGAGACCAUAUGAAAAGCCUUGCUAAAAUCAAGGUAUAUCACAUCUUCAGGUUUCCCCUGCAUCCACAAAGCCAGUCACCGUGUCAUAGAAGGCAAUCAGAUUGCCCUUGGUGAAUCCAUGCUGACUGGUCCUAAUCACCUUCUCCUCCAAGUACUUUGAGAUGGAUUCCUUGAGGAUCUGCUCCGGGGACUGAGGUGAGGCUGACUGGUCUAUAGUUCCCUGGGUCCUCCUUUUUCCCUUUUUUUAAAUAUGGGCAUUAUAUUUGCCCUUUUCCAGUUAUCCAGGGCCUCUCCUAAUCGCCAUGAAUUUUCAAAGUUGAUGGCCAGUGGCUCUGCAAUCACAUCAGCCAACUCCCUCAGCAUGCUUGGGUGCAUCCCAUCCGGCCCCAUGGACCUGUAUAUGUGCAGCUUUUCUAAAUAGUCCCUAAUCUUAUUUUGCCACUGUUGCCUGCUCACCUCCUCCCCAAAUUGUGCUGCCUGGUGCAGUCAUCUGGGAGCUGACCUUGCUUGAAGACUGAGGUGAAAAAGGCAUUGAGCACUUCAGCCUUUUCUGCAUCCUCUGUCACAAGGUUGCCUCCCGCAUUCAGUAAGGGACCCACACUUUCCUUGAUUCUCCUCUUGCUACUGACAUACUUGUAGAAACCCUUCUUGUUACCCUUCAGGUCCCUUGUUAGCUGCAACUCCAGUUGCACUUUGGCCUUCCUGACUUCAUCCCUGAAGUGAUGAGCACCAGGACAAACCGUAUCCAGUCCAGCUAAAAGAGAAAGUACAGGAACCCACAGAAUGAGUUAAGAUGGGGAUUUGAAUAUUCUUUAUACAUGUAAAAUAAUAUUUAAAACUUUGUAUUGCUGUGUAAAGUCCCUUCCUGACACCUGAUGGGGGGCCAGUAAGGGAGAGGCUUUUAGGCAUCUUUUUCUCACAAGAGCUCAAAGUAUCCUCUCUCAUAUUCUGCCUUCCUCUUUGCUAGUAGAAGUAGGGUUGGAGUGGUAUUGUAGCCAUGAUGGUCCAGGAAAUGUUAGAAGCAAGGGUUCUUUUUAUGCUAUUUUUAUGGGGCAGCCAUAUAGUUGGGAGAGAUGUGUGACAAGCUUUUGAGCAGAAUAUACCCUUCUUCAGGUCUGGCUUCUCUCACGGGAGGAGGAUAGUGUUAGUUUGCUUGCCUUGUUGGCCACUUAUUUCACUUAGUCUGUCUGAAGUCAUUUUAUUAGUCUGCCCAUCUCAUUUUGAAAGUAAUCUUUAAAUUAAAGGCAUAUCCAUGCUGGAUGCUGGCUUUCAUUGCCACUGUUCCCAACCUCUGAGUGGAAGGGAAAAACGGUUGUAUGGAAUCCAGUGAGUGGAAGGUUACAGAGUAAUUGCAUUUCAAAGCAUAGAUUUCACUGAAUGUGGAAAUAAAUUGUGCUGGAGAUUUUUUUCUGUUGUCCAAUUUCUAAAAUGGCCUGGGAAACAGAAUUUAUUUGCCCUUCAGUAUGUUUAGCUUUAAACCACUUGAAAAUAAUUUUACAGUGAUUUUUUUUUUUUAUAUAAGACCAUAUUUACAUGCAAUUAUUAUUUGUAAACGUAAUGCCUUUCCUGAAAUGCUAAGGUCUAGAGAAUAAAAAGAUUUUUUAAUUUUGAAUCACUUAAUUCAAAGAAGCACAAUGCACUGUAUGACUUUUUAGGGAUUAUUAAAAAAAAACACUUCAAAAGGUAUAAAGAAUCUUAAUUCUUCCAAGGCUAAAUCUGUUAUCUGCUUCAUUUAAUUAUUGCCCUGGAUCUAGCCUGUGUAGGACUGACAUUCAAAUGGUUUAGGUAGCUGUGUAAUUACACUAAAAUUGCAAGCAAUAAGCUAUUUUGAACAAAGCUAAGAAGCUUUGCAUUUGGACAGAAUAACACUGUCAUGUUUGAACCAGUGAUGGGGUUUUUUGGGGCUCCUUUGACUUAAUGCAACAGUUUCUUCUACUUCUUAACACAACAUGUAUUUAGCUUCAGUUCUAGGGUAAUGGCCAUCUUGACUAUUACUUGUAAAAUGGAGCUUUUCUUUUAAAGUGGAUUACUGAGGUUCUUAAUUAUGAAAAAGUUCUGCAAAUUGAAGUAUAUUAAAAACAAUGGAAAUUGAUCUAAGCUUAUAAAAACUAUAAAAUGAUCUAGACUUUAUCAUUUCAAACACUUGUUUUGGUUCUGUUUUGUUUUAAGAAUAUGCAUGCCAAAUGUUUGUCUCUUUUGAUGAUUUGUAAUAUACAUUUUUUUGACUGGAAACUUUUUUGUACAACACACUCCAAUAAAUGUUUUGCAUUUUA